AUGGGUUAUGACAAGACCAGCACUUGUGCCAAAUAUAUUACAAAGUUCCGCAUGCUGCAAAUGGAACUUGAUUGGAACAAUGCUGCACUUUGCAGCCAAUUUGUGCAUGGGCUUCACUGGGAAGUCUGGAAACAGAUCACCACAAGGGAGAGGCAACCCUGCACCCUGAGGAAGCUUCAGGACGCCUACCUCAUCAUUGACAAUGCCCUCUGCAAGGAAAGAGCCAGCCACCUGCAACAGGGUACUAAGUCUGGUAAACCCUCAUCCACCCAGAGGACAAGUACCAGCCAACAGGCCACAAAAACCAGCCCCCUCUCCACCAACCCCAACUAUGUUUCAGAGGAAGAACAUAACUGCUGCUGCACAGAAGGCCUCUGUGUGAAAUGCAGCAAGGCCAGCCACAGAUUUGCUGAGUGUAGGACCAGCUGGAAGGCAACCCCAAAGGAAGAUAAGGGGAAGUCCAAGGAAACCGCCAAGAUUGGCAAAGACUCCAAGUACCAAUUGGGAAAAGAGUAA